AUGACCUUACACAACAUCUGCUGGCUCCGGCGGAAUCCGGAGCUGGCUCGGUUUUUAUGGUGUUUGGAGUGCGGUGAAUGGACCUACGGGAUCACUGGUAGAGGGCAGCGAGUGGGAGCGAAGGGGGGGGGGGGGGGGUGGGGGGGGGGCAGUGUGGGGGGGGCUGACGGAGACGAGCUAAUGACAGUUCAUAUGGUUACAUCAGAAACAGGCUGUGCAAACUCAGGACGCAGUUUCCAUCGUCGCUGCACGUUUGACCACCUGCGGACGACCAGGGGGGGCACGGGGGGCAGGAGGGGGUGUCGGGGGGGUGGGGGGUCAUGA